AUAAGCCGUCUACCCCAGAUAAACCAGAUAACAGCCAAACAACUAGCGUCUUAUCUCCGACUAUGGGACUAUGGGACUAUGAGCGCUCAUGCAACCCCAUCUCUUGCAAGCAAACCAGUUGUGAAUUCCAUUGCCGAUCCGGCUGCACCAUGACAUUUCAGAGGACAGUCAUAAAGCCCAUUUGGUCGCUCUGGGUCAAUCUCCGCUUGCCCCCUUGCCUCCUGUCUGUCACACCCGUCCUUCAUCCCCACACUUCUAUCCCCUUUGACGCAUUCUUCUCUUUUCUCUCCUUGCUUCCUCGGUGUCAUUAAACAUGGGGGACGAGAAAUCCCAGUCGCAUACAAUGGUCGAUGAAGAGAAAGAUACCACCAAGGCCGUGGAUCCGGUCCUUCUCCAGCAUGCGCAGGACGCAGACGAGGCGCUGGGCGUCUUCCAAGAUCUCCAGGGGGAGGUGAUCGAACUCGACGAGGCCACGAACAAGCGACUCUUGCGCAGAAUCGAUUGGCAUAUCAUGCCGAUCAUGUGCUUUGUCUAUGGCAUGAACUUCCUCGACAAAACAACCCUGUCCUACGCCAGUAUCAUGGGCAUCAAGACCGACAUCAACCUGCAAGGCGAUGACUAUCAAUGGCUAGGCAGUCUAUUCUACUUUGGCUAUCUGGCAUGGGAAUACCCGACAAAUAGACUUCUGCAGAGACUUCCCUUGGGGAAGUACUCCGCCGUGUGCGUCAUCAUAUGGGGAGCUAUCCUGUGUUGCUUUGCUGCAGUGUCGAACUUUUCCGGAGCUGUUGCCAUUCGCUUCUUUCUAGGCGUUUUCGAAGCCUCCGUCACCCCGGGCUUUGCUCUGCUAACCUCUCAGCAGUGGUACACUAAGUCCGAACAAGGCAGCCGCGUCAACAUCUGGUUCAGCUUCAAUGGGUUCGCACAGAUUCUCGGCGGCUUCGUCGCCUACGGUAUCGCCGUCGGCACCGAGAAACACGGCUCCGCCAUUGCUCCCUGGAAGAUUGUCUUCCUCGUGACGGGCCUCCUGACUGUCCUCCUUGGGGUCAUCUUCUACUGGGUAGUCCCUGACAGCCAGCUUAACGCACGCUGGCUCACCAAGGAAGACCGCAUUCUGGCCGUGGCCCGCGUUCGCGUCAACCAGCAAGGUAUCGGAAACAAACAUUUCAAGCUCCACCAAGUAAAGGAAGCCUUGAUCGAUCCGAUGACGUGGGCUUUCUUCUUCUACGCUCUCAUUGCAGAUAUCCCCAACGGCGGAAUCACCAAUUUCUUCAGUCAGCUGAUAACCUCCUUCGGUUACACUGCUGAACAAUCUCUCCUCUACGGCACGCCCGGCGGCGUCGUGGAGAUCUUCUCCCUCAUUGGCAGCGGCUUUCUGGGCCAAUACACCAACCAACGCCUCCUCUGCAGCGCGGGCGGUCUCGUCUCCGGUAUCCUCGGGAUGAUUCUCAUCGUCGCCCUACCACUCUCCAACAACGUCGGCCGGCUGAUCGGCUACUACCUGACCCAAGCCAGCGCCACCUCGUUUGUGGCCCUGCUGGCCAUGAUCUCCUCCAACGUCGCCGGCUACACCAAGAAGACAACCGUCGCGGCGAUCUACCUGAUCGGGUACUGUGCGGGCAAUAUCAUCGGCCCGCAAGUCUUCCGCCCGCAAGACGCCCCCCGCUACGUCCCCGCCGAGAUCACCAUCAUCGUCUGUUACGGGUUGUCGAUGAUGAUCCUCGGACUGAUCUGGUGGUGGUAUCGCCGACAAAAUGAGAAGAAGGCUCGCAUCCGCUCGAGUCCGGAGUAUAUCCGGUUGGAGAACCAGGAGUGGAUGGACCUCACGGAUUGGGAGAACCAUGAUCUUGUCUAUGCUUUGUAA